AGGAGGUGGGACGAUGGGACGAGGGAUGUGGGCUCAGGUGGGAUGGGAGCAGGGGUGUGGAGUCUUUACCUUCCGGCUCCGCGGGCCACCACCGCCUUUUCGCGCGGCUCGGGUUCCUCCACUAUUGUUUCCGGCCGCAGCAGAGGCGGCCGCCGCGCGCCUGGCCCCGCCCUCUCCCGCCGGCGCCAUCCAGCGAAGGCUGCGGGGAGGGUGGAGCUGCCGCGGGCGCACCUGCGCGUUCGCAGGGCUGCUACGCGCCCGCCCCUCCGCUCCUGCACCGACGCCGCACCUUCGCCUGGAGUUCUCCUGUGAUUCCGUGUGUCCUGGCCGGAGUUUCUUACCGUUCUCUGGAAAGUAGCUCCUCACACCCCCCUCUUCGAGUGUCCUAGAAUUCACAUUUUCUGGAUGUUGGUUGUCUGCCGCCAUGUGAGAUGUGCCUUUCACCUUCCACCAUGAUUAUGAGGCCUCCCUAGCCACGUGGAACUGCCAUCACAACCGUAGGUUCUCUGGUCCUAGGACUCUGAGACUUGCACCAGCAAUCCUGCCCAGGCUCUCAGGCCUUUGGACUCAGACUGAGCUACUUCACUGGCUUUCCUGGUUCUCCAGCUUGAAGAUGACAGAUCGUGGGACUUCUCAGCCUCCAUAAAUGUUUGAGCCAAUUCCCAUAGUGUCCAAAAGGUGCUGAGAGAUGGUACCCACCGGAAGCCUUGACAUUAUUCCUGGACCUCUAUUUAAGGCCAAAAGGUGUGUUUUGCUGACUUCAAGCAUCCCUGCUACAAAAUGGCCUACUUCCAUGAACUGUCCAGCCGAGUGAGCUUUCAGGAGGCGCGCCUGGCUUGUGAGAGUGAGGGAGGAGUCCUGCUCAGCCUUGAGAAUGAAGCAGAACAGAAGUUAAUAGAGAGCAUGUUGCAAAACCUGACAAAACCCGGAACAGGGAUUUCUGAUGGUGAUUUCUGGAUAGGGCUUUGGAGGAAUGGAGAUGGGCAAACAUCUGGUGCCUGCCCAGAUCUCUACCAGUGGUCUGAUGGAAGCAGUUCCCAGUACCGAAACUGGUACACGGAUGAACCUUCCUGCGGAAGUGAAAAGUGUGUUGUGAUGUAUCACCAACCAACUGCCAAUCCUGGCCUUGGAGGUCCCUACCUUUACCAGUGGAAUGAUGACAGGUGCAACAUGAAGCACAAUUAUAUUUGCAAGUAUGAACCAGAGAUUAAUCCAACAGCUCCCGCAGAAAAGCCUUAUCUUACAAAUCAACCAGCAGACACCCAUCAAAAUGUGGUUGUUACUGAAGCAGGUAUAAUUCCCAAUCUAAUUUAUGUUGUUAUACCAACAAUACCCCUGCUCUUACUGAUACUGGUUGCUUUUGGAACCUGUUGUUUCCAGAUGCUGCAUAAAAGUAAAGGAAGAACAAAAACUAGUCCAAACCAGUCCACACUGUGGAUUUCAAAGAGCACCAGGAAAGAAAGUGGCAUGGAAGUAUAAUAACUCAUUGACUUGAUUCCAGAAUUUUGUAAUUCUGAAUCUGUAUAAGGAAUGGCAUCAGAACAUUAGCUUGGAAUGGCUUGAAAUCACAAAGGAUCUGCAAGAUGAACUGUAAGCUCCCCCUUGAGGCAAAUAUUAAAGUAAUUUUUAUAUGUUUAUUACUUCAUUUACAAAAUACGCUGUGCUAAUAAUGGAGUGAGACCUGCUUAUUUUGCUAAAGGAUGCACCGAAACUUCAAGCAAAUGAAAUGGACAAUGCAGAUAAAGUUAUCAACACAUCAGGAGUAUGUGUGUUAGAAGCAAUUCUUUGUAUUUCUUUCACCUUUCAUAAGUUGUAAUCUAAUCAAUGUAAUGUAUAUUGUAUUGAAAUUUACAGUGUGCAAAAGUAUUUUACCUUUGCAUAAGUGUUUGAUAAAAAUUAACUGUUCUAAUAUUUAUUUUUAUGGCAUCUCAUUUUUCAAUACAUGCUGUUUUGAUUAAAGAAACAUUACUGUUGUCAACUGAAUUCACACACAGACACAAAAAUGUAGUGCUAUAGAAAAAGUUUGUUUUCUAGAAAUAACUCAUCUUUCAGUUUCUCUGCUUUUGGUCAAUGUCUAGGAAACCUCUUCAGAAAUAAGAAGCUAUUUCAUUACGUGUGAUGUAAACCUCUUCAAACAUUUUACUUAGAGGCAAGGAUUGUCUAAUUUCAAUUGUGCAAGACAUGUGCCUUAUAAUUAUUUUUAGUUUUAAAUUCAACAGAUUUUUUAAUAAUGUAACUUUGUUAACAGGUGCAUAAACAGUAAUGCAGUCAAUCUGAACAAAAGUGGUGGCAUACACAAUAUAAAUCAUAUGUCUUCACACGUUGCCUAUAUAAUGAGAAGCAGCUCUCUGAGGGUUCUGAAAUCAAUGUGGUCCCUCUCUUGCCCACUAAACAAAGAUAGUUGUUUGGGGUUUGGGAUUGACACUGGAGACAGAUAUUAUCAAAGUUUGUCUACGGUUUCCCUAGCUGUAUUUAGCCUCUAACUAUAUUAGUAUACAAAGAGGUCUUGUGGUUGAGACCAGGUGAAUAGUCACUAUGAGUGUGGAGAUAAGCACAGCACACAGACAUUUCAGGAAUGAAAGGAACUAUGAAAUCAUGUGGAAAUGGGUUUGAACCCAUCAGUGAUCGCAUAUUCAUUUAUGAGGGUUUGCUUGAGAGAGAAAAUGGUGGCUCCUUUCUGUGUUAUCUCCUAGUUUCUUCAAUGCUUAUGCCUUGUUCUUCUCAAGAGAGUGUUGUAACUGCCUGGUCUUCAUAUGUCCCUGUGCUCCUUUUGACAAAAUAAAGAGUUCUUGUUUCUGAAGAA